AUGCCUUCAUUAACGGGCCACUCGUCGAGUCCAAAAUUAGUGUGGGGCGGGUCCCUUCGCAAGGGUCAGGGGCCGAGGGCUGGGUCCUUCUCCCCCGCCCUUCUCUUAGAGGUGCACCGGCUCUGCCAGGGCUCUGCGCCGGAGCGGCUGGACGGCGCGACCGUGCUGGGCUGCGACAUGCGCGCCGCGCUGGUGCAACUGCCCGACGGCCGCGCGGGCGACACGCUGUUGGGCCGCCUCCGCAUCUGGGAACCCUCGGGGAGCUCCCGCGAGCAGGCCCUCGGGGGCUACCUGCGGUCGUCGGUCGCGGUUGUGGUCGUGGCACGCGCGGGAGACCCCGCGGCAGGGCGGGAGGCGAGGGAACUGCUGCGGCGCGUCCGGGGCGCCAUGCGGCCGGGCACCGCGCUCGCGCUCGCCGCCUCGCAGGCGGACCUGGUGUCCCCGCGGGACUCCGCGGGCGCCGCCGCGGUCGCGGGCCUGAGGGCGGCGGCGGGCGCGGCAGGGGCGGAUUUCGCGCUGUGCAGCGCCGUCACCGGCGAGGGCGUGGAGGGGCUCUUCGCCGCCGCGCUGGCGGCCUGCCGGGAGCGCGGCGCCCUGGCGGCCUGCCGGGGCCGCCCCGUGCUGAGCUGCGAGGCGGGGCAGCUGAGCAACAGCGAGCUGCUGCGGGCCCUCCUCCUGCACCGCAGGAUCUCCGAGGGAGAUGCGGGGGGUCAGGACAGGGCCGUCCCAGACUCUCCGGCCGCUCCGCGCGGGAUGUCCGCGGCGCUCCGCUGUGCCUGCUGGGCCCUCUCCGCCGCCGCCCUGGCGGGCCCCGCGGCCGCGGGGCCUUCCGCGCGCCUGCCCCUCCUGGCCGCCGGGCGCGCCCCCGCGGGCAACCGCAGCGAGGCACGGGCUCCUGGCCCCGCCGCGGCCCCCGCGGAGGGUGCCGCCCUGGCCGCCCUGCUGCGGGAUGCGGAGGAGGAGGCGGAGGCCAUGGGCGGCCCGCGGCUCCAGACCGGCGCGCGCCUGGUCUCGAAGCAGGCCGCGGCCGCGCCGGAGGACGAGGAGGCGGCCGAGAUCGCGGCGCUCGAGGCGUCACUCCUGGACGCGAAGUUGCCGGUGUACGCCCAGAGGCCGCCGAGGGCGGCCGCAGCGGCGAGCCGGGCACCGGCGCGGGAGGGCGAGGCGGUCGCGGCGCUCGAGGCGACGCUGCUCGACGCGAAGCUUCCAGUGUACCUGGUGCACGCGGCCAUGCCCGUGCUUGCGGUGUGA